AUGUCAAAACCACGCAAGGCUAUCGAGCUCCCAGCUCUCACGCAGUUUACACUCUUCCCCAAGCUCCCAAAAGAGCUCCGGAUCAUCCUCUGGCAGUUGGCAGCACGUGAACCUCGCAUCGUCGAGGUAUGCCAACUCCAAGACUCCCAAUACAUAACCCACGGCACCGAGGACAACGACUAUGAAUCGGCAAACUCAGCUGCCUUCUACUCACCCACAGCUAUCCCAGUCAUCCUACGCAUAAACCGCGAGUCACGGGUCGUCGCACUCGAGAACUACAGCCUCUCCUUCCCUCACGGUUCCCAUCCCGCUCAGAUAUAUUACAACCCUUUCGUCGACACCCUCUACUUCCCCGCCUGGUGUUUUCAAUACGGCAUCUCCCACUUCGAGACCGCCACCCCUCCGGAAAUAAAAGACACCAUCCAUAACAUCGCAAUCGACAACCUGAUCUGGUAUUCAGGCUGGGAGGAUGGCACUAUCAACAACCAGAUCCAGAUCGACAAAUUCAAGAAUCUAGAGCAGUUUCUAUUGGUUACGAGGGAGCCGGACGAGUCGGGCUGUGGUUGCUGUCACGAGUUUGAGGGCCCAGAGAAGGGCGUCCCUGAGUUUGCGGAGUUUGAGGAUGGGGAUGAGGGCUCGAAGGGGUAUUUUGAGAGGGGGAUUAAGGAUUGCUUGGUGGAGUUUGGGAAGAUUAAGGAAUUGGAUGCUGAGUGGAAUGCCCCGCAGGUUAGGUUUGUGCAGCUUAAGAGAGAUGGGGUUCUGGUUUGA